AUGCAACAACAACAACAGCAGCGUCGAAUGUUCACAGCUGCCCUCCUGGCACUUGUUUUCAUUCUGGCAGCUGUGAGUACCACUGAGGCUGGUAAAAAAGAGAAACCAGAGAAAAAGGCAAAGAAGUCUGACUGUGGGGAAUGGCAGUGGAGUGUCUGUGUGCCCACCAGUGGUGACUGUGGCCUGGGGACACGCGAGGGCACUCGCACGGGAGCUGAGUGCAAACAAACCACCAAGACUCAGAAGUGUAAGAUUCCCUGCAACUGGAAGAAGCAAUUUGGAGCGGAGUGCAAAUACCAGUUCCAGGCCUGGGGAGAAUGUGACUUGAAUACUGCCUUGAAAACUCGAACUGGGAACCUAAAGAGAGCUCUUCAUAACGCUGACUGCCAGAAGACUGUCACAAUCUCAAAGCCCUGUGGGAAGCUUACCAAACCCAAACCUCAAGGUAAAUCCCCUUUGCUGAAAGCUGCACACGAGUUCAUUUAA